GUGUGUGUGUCGCCGCGAGAACUCCACUCCGAUAGCCACACCCCCACUCCCUUUCUCUCUCCUCAACUUUCCCCUUUUUUACUGCCCUCUCUCUCUCUCCUCCCCGCACACACCCCAUGCUUCCGCUUCUUCUUCCCCCAUCAAUCGCGAACCGGAUAGGGGAUAGUAGAUAGAUCGCCCCCAAAUCUUUGCCCUGAACACCGCGCCGGCCGGCCGCUUCCACCCACCACCACGCCCUCCCGCUCUCCCCAGAUUCGGCUCUCCGUGGAGAUUUCCGGGAUCUUUCCGCCGGCGACGUCGCCCAUGGCGUGCUACUGACAUGGUCCGCCGCGCCACAAGCUGCCGCCGUGCACAGUCGCUUCGAUCCGGCGAGCCAAGAAGAUGAACGGCGCGCCGAUCCCCGCGGCGGCCGGCGCCGACGCCGCGACGACGCCCAAGAAGAAUGCGGUCGCCGAGAUGGCCAGGCACCUCACCGUCGACACGGACGACGCCUUCGCCGGCCUCCUCGAGCUCGCCGCCGACGACGACGCGGACGGCCUGCGCCGCGCGCUGGAGCGCGCGCCCCCCGCCGCCGCGGACGAGGCCGGCCUCUGGUACGGCCGCCGGAAGGCCCUCGAGCAGCGCACCCCGCUCAUGGUCGCCGCCACCUACGGCAGCCUCGCCGCGCUCCGCCUGCUGCUGUCCGUCCCCUCCGUCGACGUCAACCGCCGCUGCGGCCCCGACGGCACCACCGCCCUCCACUGCGCCGCCUCUGGCGGCUCGUCCUCGGCCGUCGAGGCCGUCAGGCUGCUUCUGGUGGCCGGGGCUGACGCCGAUGCCGCAGAUGCGUCCGGGUGCCGUCCGGCCGAUGUGAUCUCUGUGCCGCCAAAGAUGAUUGAUGCGAAGAUCGCCCUCCAAGAUCUGCUUGGGCUCCCAAAGUCUGGGCAUGGCGUGCUCCGGGUGGUGACCAGGGCCACAAACCUGACCUCGUCGCCGGUGUCAUCACCCACCGCCGAGGACGCCCGGUCUCCAUCAGCUGCUGUGAUGAUGAUGUCAAAGUUCCCAGACCUGCCGAGGGUUGCAACCUCAGAGAAGAAGGAAUACCCAGUGGAUCCAUCCCUGCCGGAUAUCAAGAACAGCAUCUAUGCCUCUGAUGAGUUCCGCAUGUACUCCUUCAAGAUCAGGCCGUGCUCCCGGGCAUACUCGCAUGACUGGACCGAGUGCCCCUUUGUGCACCCUGGGGAGAACGCUCGGCGCCGCGAUCCGCGCAAGUAUCACUACAGUUGUGUUCCAUGCCCUGACUUCAGAAAGGGUGUGUGCCGGCGUGGAGACAUGUGUGAGUAUGCUCAUGGGGUGUUUGAGUGCUGGCUCCACCCAGCGCAAUACCGCACUCGCCUUUGCAAGGAUGGCACCGGCUGCAAUCGCCGCGUCUGUUUCUUUGCGCACACCACCGAUGAGCUCCGCCCGCUGUAUGUCUCCACUGGGUCUGCGGUGCCAUCCCCUAGGGCCUCAGCAACAGCUGCAAUGGAGAUGGCAGCAGCAAUGGGCUUGAUGCCCGGUUCUCCGUCAUCGGUCUCGGCAGUCAUGUCCCCAUUUACCCCACCGAGGUCUCCUUCUGGCAAUGGGAUGCCCCCUUCUCUGGGCUGGCAGCAGCCAAAUGUUCCGACGCUACACCUUCCGGGCAGCAGCCUUCAGUCGAGCAGACUCCGAAGCUCACUCAAUGCAAGGGAUAUGCCUGUGGAUGACUACUCCCUGUUGCAGGAUAUUGAUUCCCAGCUUAUAAACGAUCUGUGCUACUCGCGUCUUGGUUCAUCAGCAGGAGGGAACCACAGUUCUCGGACCAAGAGUCUGAACCCUUCAAACCUGGAUGAUCUCUUCUCUGCUGAGAUGGUCUCGUCCCCAAGGUACAACAAUGCUGAUCAGGGUGCUAUGUUUUCACCUUCCCAGAAGGCUGCUAUCCUUAACCAGUUCCAGCAACAGCAGCAACUUCUUUCACCAAUCAACACAGGGUUCUCGCCAAAGGCUGUGGAUAACCAGCAGAUGCAUUCACGCUCAUCCCUCCUGCAAGCAUCACUUGGGAUAUCCUCCCCUGGCCGGAUGUCCCCCCGCUGCGUCGAAUCUGGGUCACCGAUGAACUCCCACCUAGCUGCCGCCCUUGCCCAGCGUGAGAAGCAACAGCAGCAGCAGCACCAACAGCACCAGCAGACAAUGAGGAGCCUCAGUUCUCGCGAUCUCGGGCCCAGUGCUGCAAGAGCAUCGGCUGCUGUUGGCUCUCCUCUGAGCUCAUCAUGGUCCAAGUGGGGAUCUCCUUCAGGGGCACCGGAUUGGGGCGUCAACGGUGAAGAAUUGGGUAAGCUUCGCCGGUCAUCUUCCUUUGAGCUGAGAUCAGGCGGCGACGACCCAGAUCUCUCCUGGGUGCACACACUGGUCAAGGAGUCUCCACCAGAGAAGCAAGUGACCACAGCUGAAUCCAUCAACAACUCUGUUAGACCUUCACCUCAAAUGCAUCCCGGUGUAAGUAAUGGUGAAGGCCCCAGUGUGAGCACGCAGCUGAACCGACAUGACCAAGCCGCGGUUAUUGGAGCGCUGCUCGAGCAGAUGCAGCUUGACGAGCAGAUUGGUAGUCUAGCAGCAACAUAGACGAACAACCAGACGAGCCCGGGGGGGAGGUGCGAGAAGAAGUUACCAUUGUUAGCUAAAGAAGAAUUGCAAGUAUUUUUUUGAUUUUCUGUUCAUUGCGGUGGUCAGUCAACAAGCAAGCAAGCAAGCGAAAAGGAUGGAUGGAUAGCUGAAGGCGGUGAUUCAGGGAUUGGUUUUCGUUAAUUUUUGGGAGGUAAAUCAAUACACAACUAUUGAGUUUCCAUUUCCAGUAGGAGGUUAAAUUAAAGAGUGGAGUUACCUACCUCAGUUUGGGGCCGAACGGAGGUAGAGAGAAUCGCACCCCGGCAGCUUCAGUUCAUCUCAUCAGCCAAAAAAGAUUUAGUUGUCUAUUCUGUUAAUUAACCCUGUUAUAUUAAAUUUUAAAAGAAGAAGGCUCAUGUGCCAUGCCAGAAUUCUUUCCUUUUUUUUUUACCUUGGUGGUUGCUGUUUAUUUUGUUUAUUGUUGUGAUGACAUGGAUACUUGAUGUACUGACGGGGUAUAAAUGGUUACCCGGGCAUGCUAUAGUUCCAGGUCCCCAAAUAUGUUUUAAUUUUAAUUCUUCCUUCAACAUGAUUUGUGAGAGGAUUUACACCA